CCUCUCCCGCCCCUGCACCCCGCCUGGCUUGGAGGUGCUGGUGGGGAGAACGCAGAGAAGCAGGCGGAGCGGAGGAAGGAGGUGGCGGUGCAGACGCGCCAAGGCGCUGGGCAAGCAGGCUUGGCGAGCGGGACGCAGCCGGGACACGCAGGACAGAGGUGUCCCCGCGCUGCGCCCCAGAACCCGCUGGCGGGACCCGUGUGGCACGCGGCCGGCCGGCCGUGGACUGCGUCCUCAGCACCAUGGGCCGGCUCCUCCUCUGGGUUUUCUUUCCAGCUAUUUUUUGGGAGAUGACCCUUCUCCCCAGCAGCCCCGGCCGGAAAGUCUCGCUAGCGGGAGCUUCGUCGCAGCGCUCCGUGGCCAGAAUGGACGGGGAUGUCAUCAUUGGGGCCCUCUUCUCCGUCCACCACCAGCCCCCGGCCGAGAAGGUGCCCGAGAGGAAGUGUGGGGAGAUCAGGGAGCAGUACGGCAUCCAAAGGGUGGAGGCCAUGUUCCACACGUUGGAUAAAAUCAACGCGGACCCGGUCCUCCUGCCCAACAUCACCCUGGGCAGUGAGAUCCGGGACUCUUGCUGGCACUCCUCCGUGGCCCUGGAGCAGAGCAUUGAGUUCAUCAGGGACUCUCUGAUUUCCAUUCGGGAUGAGAAGGAUGGGCUCAACCGGUGCGUGCCGGAGGGUCAGUCUCUCCCGGCAGGUAGGACUAAGAAGCCCAUUGCAGGCGUGAUCGGCCCGGGUUCCAGCUCUGUAGCCAUUCAAGUGCAGAACCUGCUCCAGCUCUUUGACAUCCCUCAGAUCGCUUAUUCCGCCACAAGCAUCGACCUGAGUGACAAAACUUUGUACAAAUACUUCCUGAGGGUGGUACCUUCUGACACUUUGCAGGCAAGGGCGAUGCUUGACAUAGUCAAGCGUUACAAUUGGACCUAUGUCUCUGCAGUCCACACAGAAGGGAAUUAUGGAGAGAGUGGAAUGGAUGCUUUCAAAGAGCUGGCUGCCCAGGAAGGUCUCUGCAUCGCCCAUUCAGACAAAAUCUACAGCAAUGCCGGGGAGAAGAGCUUUGACAGACUCUUGCGCAAGCUCCGAGAGCGGCUGCCCAAGGCUAGGGUGGUGGUGUGCUUCUGUGAGGGCAUGACUGUCCGUGGCCUCCUCAGUGCCAUGAGGCGCCUCGGGGUGGUGGGAGAGUUCUCACUCAUCGGAAGUGAUGGAUGGGCAGACAGAGAUGAAGUCAUUGAAGGCUAUGAAGUGGAAGCCAACGGGGGAAUCACGAUCAAGCUGCAAUCUCCAGAAGUCAGAUCAUUUGAUGACUACUUCCUGAAACUGAGACUAGAUACAAAUAAAAGAAAUCCCUGGUUCCCUGAGUUCUGGCAACAUCGGUUCCAGUGCCGUCUACCUGGACACCUUCUGGAAAAUCCCAACUUUAAAAAAGUCUGCACAGGCAAUGAAAGCUUGGAAGAAAACUAUGUACAAGACAGUAAGAUGGGGUUUGUCAUCAAUGCCAUCUACGCCAUGGCUCAUGGGCUACAGAAUAUGCACCAUGCCCUCUGUCCUGGCCAUGUGGGACUCUGCGAUGCCAUGAAGCCCAUCGAUGGCAGAAAACUCCUGGACUUCCUCAUCAAGUCCACAUUCAUUGGUGUGUCUGGAGAGGAGGUGUGGUUUGAUGAGAAAGGGGAUGCUCCUGGGAGGUAUGAUAUCAUGAAUCUGCAAUACACCGAUGCAAACCGCUAUGACUAUGUUCAUGUUGGAACCUGGCACGAAGGGGUGUUGAACAUUGAUGAUUACAAAAUCCAGAUGAACAAGAGCGGCAUGGUCCGAUCUGUGUGCAGUGAGCCUUGCUUAAAGGGGCAAAUUAAGGUCAUUCGGAAAGGAGAAGUGAGUUGCUGCUGGAUUUGCACAGCUUGUAAAGAGAAUGAGUUCGUGCAAGAUGAAUUCACCUGCAAAGCUUGUGAAUUAGGAUGGUGGCCCAAUGCUGAUCUAACAGGCUGUGAACCCAUUCCUGUGCGCUACCUUGAAUGGAGUAAUAUAGAAUCCAUCAUAGCCAUCGCCUUUUCCUGCCUGGGGAUCCUUGUGACCUUGUUUGUCACCCUUAUCUUUGUGCUCUACCGGGACACACCAGUGGUCAAAUCCUCCAGCCGGGAGCUCUGCUACAUUAUCCUAGCAGGGAUCUUCCUUGGUUACGUGUGCCCGUUCACGCUUAUUGCGAAACCCACCACCACGUCAUGCUACCUCCAGCGCCUCCUGGUUGGCCUCUCCUCUGCCAUGUGCUACUCUGCUUUAGUCACCAAAACCAAUCGCAUCGCCCGCAUCUUAGCCGGCAGCAAGAAGAAGAUCUGUACCCGCAAACCCAGGUUCAUGAGCGCCUGGGCCCAAGUGAUUAUUGCCUCGAUUCUGAUUAGCGUGCAGUUAACUCUGGUGGUGACGCUGAUCAUCAUGGAGCCCCCCAUGCCCAUUCUGUCUUACCCAAGUAUCAAGGAAGUCUACCUGAUCUGUAAUACCAGCAACCUGGGGGUGGUGGCCCCAGUGGGCUACAAUGGACUCCUCAUCAUGAGCUGUACCUACUAUGCCUUCAAGACACGCAAUGUGCCCGCCAACUUCAAUGAGGCCAAAUACAUCGCCUUUACCAUGUACACCACCUGCAUCAUCUGGUUGGCGUUUGUGCCGAUCUACUUUGGGAGCAACUACAAGAUCAUCACUACCUGCUUUGCUGUGAGCCUCAGUGUGACGGUGGCCCUGGGGUGCAUGUUCACCCCCAAGAUGUACAUCAUCAUUGCCAAGCCGGAGAGGAACGUCCGCAGUGCCUUCACCACCUCUGAUGUCGUCCGCAUGCACGUUGGUGAUGGCAAGCUGCCCUGCCGCUCCAAUACUUUCCUCAACAUUUUCCGAAGAAAGAAACCAGGGGCAGGGAAUGCCAAUUCUAACGGCAAAUCUGUGUCCUGGUCUGAACCCGGUGGCAGGCAGGUGCCCAAGGGCCAGCACAUGUGGCAACGCCUCUCCGUGCACGUGAAGACCAAUGAGACGGCCUGCAACCAAACGGCCGUCAUCAAACCCCUCACCAAGAGCUACCAAGGCUCGGGCAAGAGCCUGACCUUUUCGGACACCAGCACCAAGGCCCUGUACAACGUGGAGGAGGAAGAGGCCCCGCCGGUGGCCUUCAGUCCCCCUACCAGCCCUUCCAUGGUGGUGCAUCGCCGCGUGCCCACGUCCCCGGGCACCCCGCCUCUGCCCGCGCACCUGACCGCCGAGGAGACCCCCCUGUUCCUGGCCGACCCCGGGGUUUCCCGGGGCCUGCCCCCGCCCCCCCAGCAGCCGCCGCAACCACAGCCCAAAGUCCUGAUGGACCAGCUCCAGGGCGUGGCCAACAACUUCAGCAGCAGCGGUGGAGGCGGCGGUGGCAUCCCUGAUUUCAACGCGGUGCUGGCGGGUCCGGGGGUCCCCGGGAACGGGGUGCGGUCCCUAUACACCGCCGCCCCCGCCUCUGCGACCCCGGCAGCCCCGCAGCACCUGCAGAUGUUGCCGCUGCAGCUGAGCACUUUCGGCCAGGAGCCCGCAUCGCCCCCUGUACUGGAGGAGGAGGACGACGACGAUGACGACGACGACGACAGCAGCGAACGCUUCAAGUUGCUGCAGGAAUACCUGUACGAGCGGGAAGGGAACACGGAGGAGGAUGAGCUGGAGGAGGACGACGACGAGCUGCGGGCCACCACCGGCAAGGCCACCCCCGAGGAUUCGCCCGCGCUCACCCCGCCGUCGCCCUUCCGCGACUCGGUGGCGUCGGGCAGCUCCGUGCCCAGCUCGCCCGUGUCCGAGUCGGUGCUCUGCAGCCCCCCCAACGUCACCUACGCCUCGGUCAUCCUGAGGGACUAUAAGCAGAGCUCGUCCACCCUGUAGG